AGGGGUGGACUGACCAUACGGGCACUCGGGUACUGCCCGAGGGCCCGGGCCAUUGGGGGGCCCCAUGAGGGGCUCUAUGGACCUUUGUGUGGGUGUGGCUUGAGUGUGGGUGGGGACACAUGGGGCCCCAUGAUCUCUUAUUGCCCGGGGGCCCAAUGAGUUGUCAGUCCGCCCCUGCACCCCGUAUAGGUUGCAUGCCGGCUAUCCCCGCAGGAUAGAUGGGAUCUGUGGAUUGGGGAG